AUGACCGCCGCCGUCGCUCCUUUUCCCCCUUUUCAUGAAGGGAAUAUAAAGAACUGGUUCCUGCAAAUGGAAGCUAUCUUUUACACUUAUGGCUGGACCGUCUCCCCACCACCAUUACACAAAUUUUGGCGCCCAUGUCCGAAAAACACCCCGAUCGACCAGUUAGCGGACGCCGCUGACCGUAUUUUCUCGCAACUGGAUCAUCGGACAACGCCAGUACACAGUGCUGAAGCGACUGGGGACCACAGGUCCUGGAAAAAAACAGUGGAGGAUUUGCAACGCCAAGUUAGAGAUUUAACGUUAGCUAUAAAAGCCAUGGUCGAAGCCGGUUCCCCCCGCCGGCGCUUCAGAAGUCGACCUCGCUCGUCCAGUCGGAACAAGGAUGCCACUUCUACUAUGUGUUACUACCACCGACGAUUUGGGUCUGCAGCACACUACUGCACCAAGCCGUGUUCCUAUACUGCGGUCGCGGAAAACAAAACCGCCAGCGAUCGCCUUUUCUAUGUGACGGAUACACGUAAUAAUUUACGUUUUUUGGUUGACACCGGCGCUGCCAUUAGUGUCUUACCCGUGCGUGAUAAAGCACGUCAACAACCUUUCCAGCUCCGCCUACAAGCAGCAAAUGGUUCCAGUAUUAAUACUUACGGUACGAAGUCCCUUACCCUAAACAUAGGAAUGCGACGAGACUUUACCUGGAAUUUUACUGUUGCUGACGUCCAGAUGCCGAUAUUAGGUGCCGAUUUCCUGGCGCACUAUGAUCUAGCCGUUCGAAUGAACAACCAUUCCCUGACUGACAACUUAACAAGACUGUGUGUUCUUGGCACUUAUUCUAAACUUACCACCACUGGCAUCACCGUGGCAACGUGCCACAAUAAAGAGUACUUAGACUUAUUGAAUCAGUACCAGGACCUCCUGCGUCCUGCUGGAUCUAUUGAUUCAACUAAACAUCAAACACAGCACUUUAUUAAGACCACUGGUCAACCUGUUUUUCCCGUCCUCGUCGUCUAG